GCGAAAUUUCACCUUUGCCCUCUGACCUCCUUGCCGUCUGUCUCGAUCGUGGUGCCUGGUGUGUUGUGGUUAGGUUUUCCGAAGUUUCAUCCUAGGCUCCUGUUGUUUCGGUGAUCACCAGAGUAUGGUUCGUUACCUACUGCAAUUCCAGUACUUGGGAACACAUUUCAGAGGAGUUCCAAAAGUCACACCGGUGGAGAGGGCUGCAGGGUUCAGUGCAGUAGAAGAUGCGCUCAGUGAUGCCUUUUCUCACUUAAAGUUAGCAGAGCCUCCUAACAUCCACGUAUCUAGUCGGACAGACUCAGGGGUCCAUGCCUUGUGCAACACUGCCCAUGCUGACCUCAUCUACGGGGACGACAAGGAACCAUUUGACCCUGACUCAAUUGUGCAUGCAGUCAACCGCAGUAUUCUCCAUAUGGGCAGAACUGACAUCAGGCUAAUGAACUGUCGCCCAGUGUCUCCCACGUUCAGCUCACGGCACCAAGCACUGGGUAGAACAUACCUGUACAGAGUAGUGUCAGGCUGCUAUCACUCCAGGCUACCCAUUCCUGAGGUAAAUAGAAGCUGGGGCAUCAAAGAGAGAUUAGAUAUUGAGGCCAUGCAAGAGGCAGCAAAGCAUUUCCUAGGAACACAUGAUUUCACCACUUUCAGAAGUAAAACUCCAGAAACAUGGACCAAAGAUCCUGUAAAAACUAUGAAAGUGGUUGAAGUCAGGAGAGCGUCAUGUUUUUUAAAGGAACAUGAUCCUUUCUGCAGAGAUUUGGAGGUGCUGGAAUUAAUUUUUAAAAGCCGAUCUUUUCUAUACAGACAGGUCAGAAGAAUGACAGGCCUCCUAGUUGCCAUUGGAAGAGGAAAACUACAACCUGAAGAUGUUUGUACCCUGCUAGCUGUUAGAAAAAUAGCAGCUUACCCUAAAGCAGCACAAGUAGCACCUGCUCAUGGACUCUAUUUAUGCAAUGUUGAAUAUAACGAAAAAGAUCUUGUGUAUGACUGAUGAGAAGAAAUUCUGCAAACAAGACUUUCAAUGUUUCAAACAACAAUGACAACUACAAGCAAUGAGCUUUUAAAGUCAUCUCAGGACAUAUACAAAGAAAGGAACAACCAUGGCACAAUGGACACAAUUGUUGCAUUAAAAGUAUUUUAUGAGUUUUUCUGGACAUGGUUAUUCUUGUCAGUUAUAGCAUUUAUUUUACAAUGUAUCCUAAAAUGUAUAUACUUGUCACAUAUCAAUUAUGAUAUUUUUUAUAUGUUGAUGUUUUGACAUGGACAUAUACAAGGUUAUA